UAUAAAUAUAAAAAAGUGGUAAAUAUUUAAAUUUUUUUAUUCAAUAAUCCUAAAUCUAAUCCUGUGUAAGAAUUUUUCUCUCCUAAUAAACGUCCUCUCUCCCUCCCUUCUUCUCUCAUUCUCUUUCCCUCUCUCUCCAUAAACACCACUCUCCCUCCCUUCUUCUCUUAUUCUCUUUCUCUCUCUCUCCAUAAACACCCAUCAAUACCAACAAUAAUUUCAGGGCAAAUCCAUCAAAAGCCAAACAGACCGUUACAUUGAACAAGAACAAUCCUUAUUCUCUACUGUUCCUGUUCCUGUCUGGCUGUCUCUCUGUCUCUUUGUCUUUCCAUCCAGAUGAAGAAUAGAGAACAGCAACUGCGAUCCAAGCUCAUCAAUGGCGGCCAAGUCCACCUCCAUCACUUCAUCUCCUAUAUCCUUCUCUUCGGCUGCGGCUUAGCCUUCGGUUUCUAUCUCAAAGACAUUUCUUUCAACUUUCAACUCAACCAAAUCUCCAUCCAAACCCAGACUUCACUAUCUAAACCUCCUUCUCCCCCGCCGCAGCUUUUACAUUUGGGAGUGGUCCUGAAUCAAACCAGGAACCGAACCGGUUUAGAAGAGUUCUUAAAACCACCAAACUUGUCCCAUGAUAUGCAAGAAAAAGAACUGUUAUGGAGAGCGUCAAUGGUUCCUCGUGUAAACGAAUUUCCAUUGAAGAUUGUCCCAAAGGUUGCAUUUUUGUUCUUGACGAGAGGGCCUUUGCCUUUGGCUCCUCUUUGGGAGUUGUUCUUUAAAGGUCAUGAAGGUUUUUACUCAAUUUAUGUCCAUUCAAGUCCAUCAUUCAAGGGCACAGUGCCCUCCAAUUCUGUGUUCUAUGGCAGAAGGAUCCCAAGCAAGGAGGUACAAUGGGGAAAAUUUACAAUGGUUGAAGCAGAGCGUCUCCUAUUGGCAAAUGCACUGCUGGAUUUCUCCAACCAACGCUUUGUUCUCCUCUCAGAGUCUUGCAUUCCUCUGUUCAACUUCUCAACAAUCUACCAUUACCUAAUGGGCUCUUCGAAAUCUUUCCUAGAGGUCUACGACCUGCUUGGGCCAGUCGGCCGUGGCCGAUACAACUCACGAAUGAGGCCAACAAUUCAGCUUCAUCAAUGGCGAAAGGGCUCCCAAUGGUUCGAAAUGGAUCGGAAGCUCGCCGUCGAGGUAGUCUCUGACCGAAAAUAUUUCGAUAUAUUUCGGAGACGUUGCAAGGGAUCUUGUUAUGGUGAUGAGCACUACUUGCCAACUUUUGUUAGUAUCAAGUUUUGGAGGUGGAAUUCAAACAGGACAGUGACAUGGGUUGACUGGUCAAAGGGUGGGCCCCAUCCAAACAGGUUUGGGAGGAUGGAAAUCACUAGGGAUUUCUUGGACAGGCUGAGAAGCAAUGGAAAUAAAGGAUGUGAAUACAAUGGGAAGAAGGUUCAUAUUUGCUUCUUAUUUGCUAGAAAGUUUAUGCGUAAUGCUUUGGAUAGAUUGCUAAGAUUUGCUCCAAGAGUUAUACAAUUUUAAUUUAUUAAUUUAUAUU